AUGGACGAGCCGCGGGAUGUUCAAAUUUUCCGGCGAAACGGGAGCUCCAGGUCGUCGAUAUCAUCCGGCUCUGCCCUGGCCAUGGAGAUCAAAAGGAAGAAAAUACGACAGAGUACCUUAUUUCAGCAAACCGAGGACACCAACAUCCAGGAGAAGCUGGACUUUGAGAUGCGGAUGCGCGAGGGGGCGUACAAGCUGCUGCUGGCCUGCACCAAGAGAGAACAGGUGCUCAACGCCUCCAAGAACCUGCUGACCUGCAACACCAGAAUCAAGGCUUACCUCACCCAGCUGCAGAAGAAGAAGGAGGAGCAGGACAUCAUCGGAGCAGCGAGGAGACUUUCAGGUACAGAGGACCGUUUACCCUGUAAUGGGAAGGUUGCAAUUUCUGGGCUGCGAAUUCCUUUGAUGUGGAAGGACUCAGACCACUUCAACAACAGAGGGAGCUCUCGCCGGGUGGCGGUCUUCUGUCUGAUGCAGAUCGGCUCCGAGGUGUUUGAUACUGAGAUGGUGGUGGUGGACAGAUCAGUCACUGACAUUUGCUUUGAGGGAAUCACCAUAUUCAAUGAGGCAGUGCCCCAGUUUGAGCUGAGGGUGGAGCUGUGGAGCUGUGCUGUGGAGGAAGAGCUCACCCUCUCCAAUACACCGAAGAAACUGGCCAAGAAGCUCCGAAACUCUUUUGGCAAAGCUGGCGGGAAGAAGCUCUGCCCUCUGCUGGACACUCCAGACCCCGACACCUUCCUGCAGUGCAACCCAAUACCCUGUGGAGCCAAGUACAGCCUGCUGGCCUCCACUAAACUGUGUCUGCCCCAGGCUGAAGGCAGCUUCCAGUCUCACUCCCUCAUUGUCCUCCAAGACGCUGACUGGUCGUCGUGGCUGCCACUUUACGGCAACCUCUGCUGCCGACUGGUGGCCCAGCCCGCCUGCAUGACACAGAGCAUGAUGACCGGCUACCUGAGCCAGAGGCAAAGUGUGCAGGGAGUGUACCGUUGCUGCACGCUGUACUGCGUGCUGAGCGCCGGCACUUUGUCCUGCUACUUCACCCCAGAAGAAAUUGACGCAAAAGUGGAGCCUUCCAUGAAUAUACCCAUCAACAAGGACACACGAAUCCGUGUGAUGGAGAAGGACCCGGCAGGCCAGAGGUGCAGCAGUCUGUCCAUCAUCAACCCUUCAUCAGAAGGAGCUCAGACCAUCGUCUUCACCACAGGCACCAGGGAGGAGCUGGAGGACUGGGUGGAUGCCUUCCACCAGCACUUCUAUGACCAGAGCCAGUGGCUGCACUGCUGUGACCAGCUGAUGAAGAUCGAGGUUGCAUCACCAAGGAAACCACCCCUCUUCCUCACCAAGCAGGCCGACUCUGUUUACAACGAGCUCAGUAUAAAUUCCCCUGGCAAGUUUGAGAGCAUCACAGACAUUAUUCACAACAAAAUUGAGGAGACGGAUGGCCGCUUUCUCAUUGGUCAGGAAGAGGAGAAGGAGACACCUAAUUGGUCCACACUUUUUGAUGGAUCCCAUCCAAUUGUAGUGCAGAGGAGUAUUCUGUCUCCAAGCAAAAGCUCCACCCCUAUCUCUAGCCCCAACUCUGCCAGCAAAAAGCGCCGUGCCCCUCCUCCCCCCUCUGACAAACAGCCUUAUGCCCCGCCCACUCGUCCGGCCAGACCUCCCCUCCCUGCCUCGGUCCAUCGUCCUCCUCUGUCCCAGCAGGAGAAGGAGAACAGCAGUGCUUGCACUUCACGUCCUGCCACAAGGUCCAAAACUGGCAGGCCAUCUUUGGAUGCCAAAUUCUCUGCCAUUAUCCAGCAGCUUCAAAGGAACAACGCAGGAGCGGGGGCCCUCAGCCGUAAAAAUGCUCCUCUGGGCCACCUUGACGUGCAACCGCAAGGUCAGCAGCAGCACCUUUUCCAGGAACUGGAGUACCAGAACCACCACACCCAGACCCCCGAAGCCAAGGCUGCACACGGGUACUUAAAGCCCAGCCUUGGUCUCGGUCCAGUCCCGGCUCCCAGGAACAAACUGAGGAAGUCCUUCAGAGAGAAGAUCAACCCCAAAGCCUGGUAAUCUAGACCUUUGGGUGCCAGAGAGUUCUCUAGGUUUAACCUUCUAACCAGUGACCACUAACAAAAAAAUCAGACCAACUUUAAGAACUUACUUCAAGGUUCUCAUCUGGCUGGUUGUCCCCACUUCUAGAACCUCUUCGCGAGCAGCUAAUCCAUAGAUGAUUUGAGAGCUGUAUGUUCACUUUGCUCACCACCGUCAACAAUCCCACCAGAAUGGAAAGGCUUAUUUCUCCGCUCUGCCACUGAAACAUGGACCAAAGAAAAAGCCUUUGCAAAAGCACUCAAAUUGGAAUUGAUCCACAGGCACAGUCACUCCUUUUGAAACUAUUGACUUACUCCACUUACUGUGACAACUUCAUGACCACUUUAGUUGAUUUUUAAGGGAACAGAAUUUUAGAACCAAUACUGGGCACUAAUGUAACUUGUCCAUUUCCCAGAGGUCUUGCUAAUGGAGUGACCUUGGGUUUUCAGGAGCUAUACACUAUUUCCAGCAUAAUUUAACAUUGCAGUCCAUAAACGCUGUUAACAUGAUUGUAUAAAUGAAUCUGGAGUCUUUUGAGUAGCUCAGAUAAUGAAUGUCCUUGUGUGCUUUGGACAUAUCAUCAUACUGCCAACCACUAGAUAGUCCAACCACUUACUGUCACUUGCUGAGGAGAGGUCUUCAUAAUUACUCUGAGUGUACAAAAUAUUAGCUCCAGUUGCUUUCUCUGUGAAAUUGCCUGACCAGGUAAACCAUGAUGAAAGCUAAAAUCCCAUUUUGUUUAGUUUUUUUUUUUUUUCCCCUUUUAAUUCACCCUGUAAAUCCUGUCCAGUUAUUUGGGGCGAUGGGGGGUUGAUGUAGAUGGGUGGAAGGCUGAUUAAACAAGCAUUUUGUAUAAGCCUUAAAGGAAUCGAGAAAUGUAUUGUACAAAACGAGAAGGAGCUUAAUAUUGACAACAUGUUCCAAAUGUUUCAUGUGCUCAGAGUUUAUUACUAUGUUAUGUUCGCAUGGGCAAAUCAGUCACUUUAGUAUAGAGACAUGCAGCUAUAAAAACAUUCAGAGUAAUGGCAGAAUAUGCUUAAUGGAAGGUUGUAAGCUUGCGCUGCAUGAUUAUGGCUAAAAUGAUUGUCGUAAAUAUUUUGCUCGAUCUUGGGAUGGCAUUUACUAAAUUGCACUUUCCGCGUCGUACAUCAACAUCUCAACUAUUUUCAGUUACAAUGCUCAUUCUAAAGGAGAUUAAAUUGUUUCUGUAUGGCUGGUUUAUAAAUUGUGGUGAAAGAUAAAAUUUCUCUAUGAGAUUACACACGAUUAAUUGUGCAGGCCAAGCUAAAACUGUUGUAGUGUAACCACUAUUGGAUAGGCUGCUUCUGUGGAAAUGUUGUGAAGCUCAUCUCCGAAUGUAGCACAAGAAAAAAUGUGUUCCAGUGAAACCUGCCAGUGAGUUAAAAAAAAUUAAAUAAAUAAAUCUAGAGCUGCCUGACAGAUAAACAAGGACUGAACACUUUCACUUUGAUCAGAGCAAAGCUAAUGCACAGUUCUCUGUAUUUUGAGCCAAUUUUAAAUGCAUUUACUACAUCUCAUUUGUUAAAAAUAUGUGGUAUGUUUUUCAUUUUAGAGUACCCGUAACAGAUUUUGUAGAAAUAUUUUCAAUUGUAGAUUUUGUAUUUUUAAUUAAAACUGAGGUGUAAUUCCUUUUUUGUUUAAUACUGACAUAUGUGAAUUGUUAUUCCUACAGCAUAUCAAUUAAUUGUACAUACUAAUAAGUUGUUGUACAUUAAUAGUUAUUUCUGUACAGUGCCAUAUACAAAAAUACAGUAGUUUUUUUUUGUCCAACGUGCAAUUUUCUUCUCCCAGUUGACUUUUAUCUAGGAAGCUAACUGUAUUUUUUAUUUUUUAUUUUAUUUUAUCGCUGAUCUGCAAUAAAAUGCUCUACAUUCUG